AUGGCAGGUAACACUCUAUCAGAUCAGUCUCAGUCUGAGAAGCAGGGCGGCUCCAUCGUCCCCUCUUCGGACCCGGACCCUGAAUCCAUCUCCGGAACCCAGCACGGAGACGGAGAAUCAUCCCCUGCAGAACCAGAACAUGAAGUCUACCCGGAGGGCGGUACCCAGGCAUGGCUUGCCGUUGCGGGCUCCUUCCUCGUUUACUUCGCAUCUUUCGGUGUCGUGAACAGCUUCGGCUUCUUCCAGACCUUUUAUCAACAAGAGUACCUGACGAAUUACUCGCCCACCGCCAUUUCCUUCAUCGGAACCCUGCAGAUCACCCUGAUGUAUCUGUCAGGUGCUGUUGCCGGAGCACUAUUUGAUCUCUACGGUCCCAAAUGGCUCUACCUGUUCGCUGCCAUUGGUGGUGCCGGCUCCAUGCUUGCGACAUCCUUCACGCAGCCGAAUGCAAUCUGGCAGCAAUUUCUGGCCCAAUCACUUCUCUUCGGCCUCACAGUCGCCUAUGGAGUGCAACCCGCUCUCACGGUUGCAGGGCAGUAUUUCCACCGCAAGCGUGCUCUGGCCAUGGGAAUCGUCGCCUCCGGUAGCAGUUUCGGAGGAGUUUGCCUGCCAAUCAUGUUCUCCAAACUGAUUCCCACCAUUGGUUUUCCGUGGGCACUGCGUGUCGGGGCCCUGAUCAUGGUCAUCUGCUACGCUAUAGCCAUAGCCGUCUCCUCGUCUAAACGGCCCAAGAGGAAGAUGAGAUCUCUUAGGGAUCUGCUUGACUACAAAGGCUUUCUCGACAUCCGAUACUCUUGUCUCUCAGCCGGAGCAGUCAUCUCAAGUCUCGGCAUUUACGUUCCGUUCUACUACAUUGAGCCGUUUUGCGUCGCCCUUGAUCCGAAUUCGACCAUUCGGCCUUACCUUCUCCCGCUGAUCAACGCGGCCAGUCUUUUUGGUCGUAUUAUUGGGGGUCAUGCGGCGGACCGCAUCGGACGGCUGAACUUUCUCUACCCCAUGAUCCUUCUAUGUGGGCUUUUGUGCGUGGCGAUGUGGCUCCCUGCUACAAACCCUGGCGUUCUGGCUGGCUUUGCCUGCCUCUACGGCUUCGCAUCUGGGGUUUUCAUCUCAGUCAUGCCUGCCGCCACCGGCCAAAUCAUCCCUGCUGAUAAGUUGGGCGCAAGGCUCGGCGCUUUUGGCACCGUUACGUCCAUGGCGUUUUUGACCGGCAGUCCAAUCGCUGGCGCGUUGAUUACAAGUGAGACCCGAGCCGGGUACCAUUCUCUGAUCAUCUUUGCAGGGUGUUGUCUGCUCGGAGGAGGAGCCAUCAUCUUCGUUGCUCGGCUCCUGCACGACAGAAACCUCAAAAGCAAAUGGUAA